AUGGUGUCGCUUUCUCCACCGGAGGCGUCGCUCUUCACACGCGUGAUCAAUGCUCCUCGAAUACACAGCGUUCCGCUUCUCAAUUUUUGCAUUGUUCUCGUUUUGGGCUUCUUCUUGCUCAAGCUCACCACCAAGUACAACGAUCUCUACAUGAAGAGCUCCUUAAUGACGAUCAUCAUCACCAAUUUGGUACUAUAUGGAAUCUCAGAGACUUUGGCCCAGAGCUUGCUUAGUUAUAGUAGCCUGGCUCCGCAGUUCGCCGUCACCCUUGACAGCGAAGCGCCUCCAUCGUAUACUGCUGAUCUAGAGGCCCAACAAGACGACACUGAUAUGGAACUGCUCCAUGAGGAGCAUGUGGAUGAGUUUUUACAAUACUUAGAUUCGGGAGACACUGAGCCUCCUCUUCCGGGGCCCACGCCGGCGUUUUUGGCCCCUGCAACGCUCACAUACUUCCAGUUCAAUAGACUCGCAGGCUUCAUGUGCUGGGGCCUUAUCAUUGGCUUUGCCCAGUGCUUCUGGUAUAAGUUUUUGCAAAUUUACUCAAGAGAUCCCAAAGUGGUGGAAGUUAUUCGCAAAGUGCUCAGUGAUCAGUUUUGCUUCUCCCCAAUUUCACUUUUGUGCUUUUUCUGCUACGGUACCAUAGUGCUUGAAAGCGGGACUUGGGACGAUGCAAAGACAAAACUACACAGAAUUUAUGUGAAGACAUUAAUGAUCCAGUACACGGUGUGGUUUCCCGUGCAGUUUAUCAACUUCUUAUUAGUCCCUCGUCUGUUUCAGGUGCCCUUUUCCUCCUCGGUUUCGGUCCUUUGGAAUUGCUUCUUGUCCAUGAGGAACUCGACGUCGUAG